AUGUCCGUCCCCGACGACGACAACGCCAGGUCCGCCAUCCUUCGCACCUUCGUUGCGUUUCGCGAGGAGCUCGAUGACUAUAACGACAGACGUGAGCGGCUCAUCAAGAGCAGCCGCGAUAUCACAAACCUCUCCAAGAAGGUCAUAUUUCUCCUGCAUCGCGUCAUAAACACCGAUUCUGCCUCAGACGAUCGCACCCUCUCUCUCCACGCAGCACAGGAAGGCCGCAAGAAGCUCGGCGAGGUCCAGCUCCUCUUCAAGGCCAUGCGCCCCGAGCUUACCGGCGACCGCUUUUGGCGCUACCAGCACAGCGUCUCGCCCGGUCUCCAGGAGUACAUCGAAGCCCUCAGCUUCGCAUACUACAUCGAGCACGGGAUGCUCAUCACGUACGCCGACGUGCAGCGCUCUCUGUCCGACGAAGAAGACGGCCUCUACUUCCCGCUCCCAGUGUCAGACUACCUGCUGGGCGUGUCCGACCUCACAGGCGAGCUCAUGCGCUUCGCCAUCUCCUCCAUCUCGAAACGCGGCCCGGGCCGUUCCAAGGCCUCCGAGGUGAGCAGCUUCGUGCGAGGAUGCAAAGCCGACUUCGAUGGCUUCACGCCGCACGUCCGCGAGCUCUCCAAGAAACAGCACGUCACCCAGCAAUCCCUCCUCAAGAUCGAACAAGCCGCCUACACGAUCACCGUGCGCUCUUCCGAAUAUGACUUGCCCCCCGAGAUGCUCGACGACAUCGUCGGGCGGCACAUCUCACGGUUCAGCCACGGCCAUCCGGCCGACCGGGGCACUGACUAUCCGUCCUCUUCGCGCAAGCGCCAUCGACAUGGUGGCGACAGCGACGACGAACGUGACCUUGACCACUAAAAAUCAUGAGUCGGAGGUCCUCCUCCAAAAACAAAAGAAACAGCAAAGCAGAGACAAACAACUGCAGGGCCGAGAUAUAGGUUAUUCGCCUCUCCAUGCAUUGUACAUGUGCACUAGUACCCUAGGCUCAGUCAAUUUCAGACCGCGUCGCUUGCGCCGGUUUUCGUUGAUUGAGUGUUGCGAGGAUGAUAAUUACAUUUCAUUACAUU